AUGAAGUCCUAUACUGGUAUUCUGCUGAGCCUCGGUGCUCUGGCAGCUGCAGCGCCCCAGGUCACUCUGACACCUGCCAGUGGACCAAUUCCACCCGUUCGGAGUGCUGACCCAACAGGGGAGACAUCGCAUGGUCCAUUCGAGGGCACACCUACGACAACAGGUGCUCUUUCUGCACCUCCGCAGGCACAGUCUAUCGCUCCCCUUCCACCACUACCCGUGACCUACAGCAACGAGAACGGCGAGCUACAAGCAGGAUUUCAACCCGUCCCCUAUCAACCAGCGGGUGGUGCUGGUACAAAUGGCACCGAGCCAUAUUAUCAUCCGUUGUCGGACUUCGACUACGAAUCACUCACUCUUGCACUUUAUCAAGAAUGGAUUGAAUUGGAUCUCUUCAACAACGGUCUAGCUACCUUCUCGGAUGCAGAUUUUGAGGCCGCUGGGCUGACGGCAGAGGAUCGUUAUCUGAUCUCAUUUAUGGCAAACCAAGAAAUUGGCCAUUCGACAUUGCUCAGCAACAUUCUCGGUGCGGCAGCACCACCUCAAUGCACAUACAACUAUCCCUUCACAACGGUUCGAGAGUUCAUCGAUUUCAACCAGAAGCUCACUAGAUUUGGUGAGAGCGGAGUUUACGGUUUCCUUGGUCAUUUGGAUUCGCGCGAAUCCGCUACACUUCUGCUUCAGUCGAUUACCACUGAGGCUAGACAGCAACUGAUCUUCCGUCAAUUCAACGGCCUUUUCCCUAUGCCUGUUUGGUUUGAAGUCGGAAUACCCCAAUCUUGGGCUUGGACUCUAUUGGCACCAUACAUUUCCAGCUGCCCGGCAAACACGACACGUCUUGCGUGGCAAAAUUUCCCAUCUUUAAGCGUGGAUAAUCAGCCAAAUCCUGCCAAAACCGAUCCAAACCUCGGACCACCUGAGAGCGUUACUGGUUCAAACCCUUUGAACAGUUCCAACAUUGCGGAUGAUAACCUUUGCGUCAAUAACACGGACUUGUUGAACGACUGUGGUCCUGCGAUUAGCCAAAAUAAAUCCAUCCCUCUCUCAUAUCCUGGUCGUCCCAUUCAAUUUUCUUGGGGCAAUGUGAAUGAGACCGUCGGGCCCAACAAUAGCUACGUGACUGCGCGAUCGCCUCUAGCAGACGAGCCACGUUACGCCAUGUUCGUCUCUCAGCUUAACGCCACCUAUGUUCCCCUGGUCAACGUCAGUGGUACUUCCGGCGCCGCAAUCCAACCUAACAUGUCGACUUUUGAGGGAGAUCCAGCUGUUAAUGGAACAAUGUUCAUCGUUUUGACCAGUCAAAAUCCUUAUCUGACGCCGUUCAACUUGUCCAUGAUCAACCCUUUCGUCUAUGCAGGUCCAGUACUGUACCAAGCGGGAUAA